AUGAUGCUGCGUGCGGUGUCGGGGCCUCUUCGCAGAGCAGCGUCAAGCUCAACCACACGACCACACCCUCCGCAGUGCGCACGAGACACGGCCAGGAGGAUCGCCUGCCGAGCUUCGGCGAAGAGCGAUGCUGCCCCUGCAGCACUGGGUGCAACCCUGGGCUCUAGGGGAGAGGAGUCUCUGCGGCGCCAGCGGAGAAGCCCUGUGAUGCCCACGUGCUGGGGCGUGAGAGGGCUGUCGGCGUCUUCUGCGCAGGAAGAGGAGAAGCUCGAGUUCCAGGCGGAGACGAGGCAGCUCCUGGACAUCGUGACCCACUCCAUCUACACCGACAAGGAGGUGUUCCUCCGCGAGCUGAUAUCGAACGCGUCGGACGCGAUGGAGAAGCUGAGGCACCUGCAAGUGGUCGGCGAAGCGAUCGAGGAGGGCUCAGCGCCGUCGGAGAUCAUGAUCGCCACGGACGAGAAGGAGAAGACGAUCACCAUCCAGGACACGGGCAUCGGGAUGACCCGCGAGGAGCUGAAGCUCAACCUCGGCACCAUCGCCCGCUCCGGCUCUAAGUCGUUCCUGAAGGAGCUGAACGAGGCGGCGGGGGACGGCAAGGACGGGGAUUCCCCCUCCGGAGCCCUGGAGGGCAUCAUCGGCCAGUUCGGAGUUGGUUUCUACUCGGCGUUCAUGGUAGGGGACACGGUGACCGUCCACACGCGGUCGGCCCGCGACGGCAGCAGGAGCGUGUGGACCAGCGACGGGUCGGGGGAGUUCGUGGUGAAGGAGGCCGAGGCCGUCGCGGAGGGGGAGGAGGAGAUGCCCCGGGGCUGCAAGAUCGUGGUGAAGUUGAGGGACGGCUGCGAGGAGUACGCGACUCAGGCGAGGGUGGAGGAGGUCGUGCAAAAGUACUCCAACUUCGUGGGCGUGCCUAUCAAGCUCAACGGCGAGGAGGUGAACACUGUGGAGGCAAUCUGGAUGAAGAGCCCGUCCGAGGUGGAGGAUGCCAAGUACGACGAGUUCUACAAGUUCAUCGCCAAGGCCUACGACGAACCGCUCACGAAGCUACACUUCCGCACGGACGCUCCGAUCGAGCUUAAGGCGCUCUUCUUCUUCCCCAGCUACCACACGGAGAAGUUCGGGAUGGCUCGACUUGAGCCGGGUGUGUCGCUCUACAGCAGGAAGGUUCUGAUCGAGGCGAAGUGCCCAGACCUCCUGCCGGAGUGGCUCCGGUUCGUGAAGGGGGUCGUGGACAGCGAGGACCUGCCCCUCAGCCUCAGCCGCGAGAAGCCCCAGGACACGGCCCUUCUCGGCAAGAUCGGCGGCGUGCUGACGAAGAAGAUCAUCAGAUUUCUGCAGGAGAUGAUGCGGAAGGAGCCGGAGAAGUACCGGACGCAGUUCUUCGCCGAGUUCGGGGCGUUCUUGAAGGAGGGCGUGUGCCAAGACUUCACUCAUCAGGGAGAGAUCGCCAAGCUGCUGUACUUCGAGAGCAACAAGGGCGAGAAGGACGAGCUGUGCUCUCUUGACGAGUAUGUCUCAAGGUGUACACCGGAGCAGAAGGAAAUCUACUACCUCUGCGCGCCAAACCGCGAGCUGGCUAUGGCGUCGCCGUACUACGAAGCCUUCGGGGAUUCCGGGAGAGAGAUUCUGUUCGUGUACAACACGAUCGACGACUUCGUCAUGAACAACCUCAAGACGUACGCCGGCCGCCCGAUCAAAUCCGCAGAGGCGGAGGACAUCGAGCUCGGCGGCGACGACGCCGCCGCCAAGGAUAGCGAUGAGGAGGAGGACCGCACGGCAGUGGCGGGUUUGACUUCGGAGGACGCGGAGGACCUGUGCUCAUGGCUCAAGGAGUCGGCCUUGCCGGAGAGGGUGUUCGAGGCGAAGGUGACCACGCGGUUGAAAGACAGCCCGGCCAUCAUCUCGAGCCACGAGUCGGCAGCCCUCCGGCGGAUGAUGCGGAUGAUUGAGCAGCAGAACUCGGGCUCGGCGGCGGCCUUGCCCAAGCAGAAGGUCGAGAUAAACCCAAAGCACCCCCUGAUGACAAAGCUGCACGUGAUCAAGACGUCGAACCCCUUGCUGGCGCAGAUGAUUGCCGAGCAGGUGUUUGACAACGCGCUCGUCGCCGCCGGCCUGAUGGACGACAGCCGAGUCAUGCUCCCCAGAGUGAACGAUCUGAUGGCGAAGGUGCUGGCUGACGUCCCCCUCCCGACGGGGUCCGCUGGGGCCGGCAAGGCAAAGAAGAGCAAGAAGAAGAGCAACGAGAAGGCAGCAAACAAGGAGCCAACAGCGACAAGUGCUGAUGCUGCUGCUUCUGCUGCUGAUGCCAAAUCAGAAACUCCCUCGACGUAGUAGCGCCAAAGUGUGUCUCCGGACGACCUAGAAGUUUUUUUCUGGUAGAGAAUUGCGGCGUAUCGUCGCGGCGGAGUUGGGUGGACACUGAUGUUAUCGAGUAGGCGGUAAUCGCGUUGGUUUAUUUGUGUGCACCAUUUUGUUGUUCGCUCGGCCUUGUUGUACUCAAGUUCCCAUUAGAUGAUACGUGACUCCGCCGGCGUAAAGAUGUCCGGAUGCUCUUACAGUGCAGAUGGUAUUGAAGCCUACCACAGGAUAUUCAGUUGGCUAGCGUUGAAGGAUGAAGCCCUGUAUAGUGCCUCUGUUCUUGGAGAGUUCGAGAGUGAGGGAUUUGCCUUCGGUGCCGUUGAAGGCUUCGAAGAACAUGGGCAUGACGAUCUGCUUGCCUUUUGGGGUUAGGCUUGUCGAUGCCGUCGUUUUUCGCUCGCGACGCCAUGCGGAUGAUCAAAUGAGGUUUCAUUUCGCGAUGAGAAUGCAAACCGGGUACUCCGAAUUUU